CAGAACAUUUGUGAGUGAAAACCUUUGAUUGACGUUGUCAUGAUGGAUGGUCCCUGCAAUAUUAAUGUUCUGUUUAUUUUUCUUUGGUUGCUUACCUUAGCAAAUGUUGAUUUAUGCAUUUCCAGUGCAUUCUCUAAGAUUCAGUGCAUUCCAAGUGAGCGAGAGGCCUUGCUUAAGCUGAAGCAUCAUCUCUCGGAUCCUUCAAACAGGCUUUCCUCUUGGUCUCCCCAUGGAAUUAAUUGUUGCAGUUGGGAGUUCGUUGUUUGCAGCGACAUCACAGGCCAUAUUCUUGAGCUUCACCUCACAACUCUACCUCCUUUACAGUUAUAUGAGACAUCAAUGUUUGGUGGUGAGUUACAUUCUUCUGUGCUUGAUUUGAAGCAUUUGAAUUACCUAGACUUAAGUGGUAAUGAUUUCGGUGGUAUGCAAAUUCCUGCUUUUCUUGCUUCAAUGGCUAGCUUGACAUAUCUUAACAUAUCUCUUGCCGGGUUUGAUGGAAGCAUCCCUCUUCAUUUUUGGAAUCUUUCCAAUUUGAUCUAUCUUGACCUUGGAGGUAAUUAUUUUGAAGGAAGCAUUCCUUACCAAAUUGGAAGUCUCUCCAAUUUGCACUUUCUUGACCUUAGAAAUAAUUAUCUCAAUGGAAGCAUUCCUCAUCAAAUUGGAAAUCUCUCCAAUUUGGUCCAUCUUGGCCUUAGAGGUAAUGAUUUCAAUGGAAGCAUUCCUCAAGAAAUUGGAAACCUCUCAAAUCUAAACUAUCUUCAACUUGAAGGUUUUAGUCAAUUUUCCAAGGAUGGAUAUGUACCGAUGUCAACAUAUGUUGAAAAUCUUCAUUGGCUUUCAGCUUUGUCUUCACUCCAAUAUCUUGAGCUCAUUCAUGUAAACCUAUCCAAUAUCAUUGAUUGGUUGUAGGUUCUACAUUCACUUCCCACCUUAAGAGAGUUGCACUUGUCAUACUAUGAUUUUAAUAAUCAUUUUCAACCGUCUAAUGCAAACUUUUCAUCUUUAAUUGUCCUUGGUAUUUUUGGUAACUACUUUGGCACUCCAAAAUGGAUAUUUCAAUUGAAAAAAUUGGUUUAUCUUUAAUUACAUGAAUUUCAAGGUUCCAUCCCAAAUGGCAUUCAAAACUUAACACUCCUUCAACAUCUUGAUUUGUCUUACAAUUAUUUCAACUCUUCCAUCCCUAAUUGGGUAUACAGUUUUCGUUAUUUAAAGUCUCUCAUUCUUUCUUCUAACUCCUUGGUUGGCACAAUUUCUAGUAACAUUGGAAACUUGACUUCUCUUGUUACUCUUGAUUUGAGUGAUAAUCAUUUGGAAGGGCCAAUUCCAAUUUCUAUGGGAAAUCCUUGCAACUUGAAAAAAUUGUCUUUUUCAAGCAAUAAGUGAAACCAACAAAUUUCUGAAAUAUUAAAAAUCCUUUCUGGAUGUGCUUCUCAAGCAUUGAAAAUUUUUGAUAUGGAUGAUGCUCAAUUAUUUGGCCAUCUCACCAAUCAGAUUGGUCUUUUCAAAAAUCUUAUUGAACUUGAUCUUUCUUUCAACUCCAUUCAAGAUCCCAUACAUAGCUCAUUGGGAAAUCUUACAUCUCUAAAAUACCUUGAUCUAGGUAACAAUGCCAUUAAAGGAGAACUUCCUAACUCCUUAGGAAAUCUUACAUCUUUGAUAUAUCUUUCUCUUCAUUACAACGUUAUUCAUGGUGCACUUCCUAGAUUGCUGGGAAAUUUAACAUCUUUGAUGUGUCUUGCUCUCACAAAAAAUCAACUUGAUGGAAAUCCUUUUAAAAUUCUAGGAUCACUCUCUAAAUUGAAUGACCUAUAUUUGGGAUAUAAUCUCUUUCAAGGAGUUGUCAAAGAAGCCCACCUUGUUAAUUUUACCCAAUUGCAAGUGUUCUCAGCAUCAAAAAAUCAGUUCACUCUACAAGUAGGCCCUAAUUGGAGUCCUCCUUUUCAACUCAUGCAGAUGUUAAGUUUGGCCCCUUGGAAUUUAGGUCCCCACUUUCCUUCAUGGAUUCAAUCAUUGAACCAUCUUUAUUUUUUGGACCUCUUAGACACAAAGAUUUUUGAUUCUCUUCCAACUUGGUUUUGGGACACAAUAGGCAAUAAUGCUCGAUAUUUGAAUCUCUCUCACAAUUAAAUUGAAGGAGAGCAUUCGAAUAUGCGGAUAAACACAACAUUUUUCUAUGCUGUUGUUGAUUUAAGCUCAAAUAAGUUACAUGGCCAAUUACCUUAUGUAUCACAAAAUGUGAUGUACUUAGACCUUUCAAGCAACUGGUUUUCAAGAUCGAUUGUUCAUUUCUUGUGUCAUAAACAAGAGAAGACAAAGGAGUUAGAGUUUCUUAAUUUGGCAUCAAAUAAUUUAUCAGGUAAGAUACCUAAUUGCUGGAUGACAUGGCCAUAUCUUAAGACAGUGAACUUAAAGAACAACCAUUUCACUGGGAUCUUAAACAUAUCUGUGGGAUCCUUUCCAUGGUUAGCAAUGUUGAACCUUCGCGGUAAUAAUUUUUCUGGAAACUUCCUAACUUUUUUGAAGAACACAAGCAACUUGAUUUUCUAGGAUUUAGGAAAGAAUCAAUUUUCAAAAAGGAUUCCAACAUGGAUUGGAUAAAGGUUGUCAAAUUUAAAGAUUCUUGUUCUUAGAUCGAACAAAUUUUGUGGUCCAAUUCCACGUCAACUUUGUGGCAUGAGUGUUUUAUAAAUUUUGGACCUUGCACAAAAUGAGUUGAUGGGACAAAUACCAAAAUGUGUCAAGCAUUUGAGUGUCAUGUCAGUGAUUAAUAGUAGUUUGAAGUCAUCCAUUUCUUUUUGAGACAUUUAUGUUGAUUCAUUAUUGGUAGUUGAAGAGCUAUUGUUGAAAGGAAGAUUUUAUGAUUACAGCACCACCCUUGGUCUUAUCACCAAUAUGGACUUUUCAUGUAAUGAAUUAUUUGGAGUGAUACCAACAGAAAUUACAGCACUUAAGGGACUCCAUUUUUUGAACAUUUCAAAUAAUCAUUUCAUAAGCCAAAUUCCUCAAAAUAUUGGCAAUAUGAAAUCACUGGAGUCUAUGGAUUUUCAAGAGAUCAUCUUUCAGGGACCCAAUUGCAAAGCUUUGAAGUAUCAAGUUUUGUUGGCAAUGAUUUAUGUGAUACUCCACUCACCAUUAAUUGUACAUCAAAUGGCACAAAUGGCAAACACCAAGAAGUUGACAAGGUGAAUGGAAUUAAUUGGUUCUUUGUGAGCAUGGCAUUUAGAUUUAUUGUGGGAUUUUGGGUAGUGGUGGGUCCUUUACUCUUCAACAGAUCAUGGAGGCAAGCUUAUUUUCAAUUCAUCAAUAGUAUGUGGUAUGAAUUGCAAUCUAGUUGGUACUGUUGAGAAAGCUAGGCUAAAUUUGCAUUUGGAAGGUAGGUGUUGGUAUAAUAUCAGUGAUUUAUCUAUCUUGUAAUCAUAUUCGCUUUUCAUUGAUUUGAAAUUGAUGCAAAUAAAUUCUUUGACAAG